AUGUUGCUCAGCGCGAUGAGACGCGAUGUCGCCUACAGCCUCUUGCUGGAGCUGGCCACCGAGGAGAGCGAGGUGAUCACCAGCUCUCUGGUGCUCAAGUGCCUGCGCAAGCUGAACAAGACCCUCGCGACGGCCAGGCAGCCCGACCAGGAGGUCACCGGGGUCAUGGAGGUCCUAAGGGCGUGGCUGCAGCGGGCCCACGCGAGGCUCGCCCAGGGCGCGGCGGAGGGCCCCGGGGGGCCGGUGGACGUGGCCGUCUCCGCGCUGAUGGAGGGCGCCAAGGAGGUGGCCGCAAGCGCGCAGAACGCGAGCCCGCGGGCGGUCGAGGCGUGGCUGCGGCAGGCCAGGGGCCCGGAGGCCGACGCGCUGCAGGAGCUGGCUCUCUGCGGGCGGCAAGGAGAACGUGCCCGCCGCCCCCGGAGCGCCUCAGGAGGCUGCAGCCCUCGCGCCCAAGGAGGGCAAGCAGGGCGCCUCGGGCCGGCAGUCCUCGGCGCAGCGGCGGCGCGCCUCGUCGCCCGCGAAGCUCAGCGCCUCGCCGUCGCCCGCGCGGGCGGGCGCGCCCGGCGCGGCCAGGACAGAAUUUGGUGCAGUGACGGGGAGAUCUAA